AUGGCCACUGCAUCGAACGAGGCCACCUACCUGGCCCUGUCUGGCUCCGUGGCCUUCUCCCGCUCUCGGGGACGGGCAAUUGCUGCCAGCCUCGGCGUCAAGGACGUGCGUGCCCAGUGGAUCCACUACGUCCAUACGGCUCAGCCCCUCGAGGAAGCCCAGAUCUCUGUUUUGGAACAGCUGCUGCGGUACGGUGAUAUCACGGACGUCCCUGCCUCCUUUACUGCAGAUGAGGGUACGUUCGAUGUGUACUACGUCUUCCCCCGCACCGGAACGAUCUCGCCCUGGAGCUCCCAGGCGACUGGGAUUUCCCACGUCUGCGGUCUCAAGAAGCACGUGAAGCGGAUCGAGCGUGGCAUGAAGAUCUCCUGCCUGCGAGAUGUCGCUCAGACCCCGAACCCUGGCUUCCUCGACCUCCUCCAUGACCGGAUGACUCAGGCCAUCAGCUCCGACGAGCCCGAUCUCCACCUGAUGUUCUCCGAACACGCCCCCCAGCCUCUCGAGACCAUUCCUGUCCACAGCAGCAACAAGUCGCCCAAGGAGGUGUUGCAGGAGGCGAACAAGCGUCUUGGUCUGGCUUUGGAGGAGUCAGAAAUCAACUAUCUCGCCGAGGCCUACGGUCCGAACGGUCCCAUCGCCCGGGACCCCACGGAUGUCGAGCUGUUCAUGUUUGCCCAGGUCAACUCGGAGCACUGUCGCCACAAGCAAUUCAAUGCAUCGUGGGUUAUCGAUGGGAAGCCUAUGCCCAACAGCCUCUUUGCCAUGAUCCGCAACACCCACAAAAAGAACCCGGAGUUCACUGUCAGCGCCUACAGUGACAACGCCGCCGUUCUCCAGGGCGAGGAGGCCGCUUUCUGGGCUCCCAACCAGACAACCGGUGAAUGGGGUCACACCAAGGAAGUCGUUCAUUUCUUGGCCAAGGUGGAAACACACAACCAUCCUACCGCCGUGUCGCCUUACCCGGGAGCGGCAACCGGCUCCGGUGGAGAGAUCCGUGACGAGGGUGCCGUUGGUCGGGGCUCCAAGCCCAAGGCCGGCCUUUCGGGUUUCUGUGUCUCUGACCUUCUGAUCCCCGGCCUGAGACAGCCUUGGGAACUGGAUGUUGGAAAGCCCAACCAUAUUGCCAGCAGUUUGGACAUCAUGCUCGAAGCUCCCAUUGGCAGCGCUGCCUUCAACAAUGAGUUUGGCCGUCCUUGCACCGCCGGAUAUUUCCGCACAUUCCUGACUCAGAUCGAUGUCGGCGAUGGCAAGACUGAGACCAGAGGCUACCACAAGCCCAUCAUGAUUGCCGGUGGUGUCGGUACCGUCCGACCCCAGCACGCGAUCAAGAACCCUGACAUCGUGAAGCCGGGGUCUUACCUGGUCGUCCUUGGUGGCCCUGCCAUGCUGAUUGGCUUGGGUGGAGGUGCUGCAUCCAGUAUCACCUCCGGCGAAGGAUCGGCGGAUCUGGAUUUCGCCAGUGUGCAGAGAGGAAACGCCGAAGUCCAGCGCAGGGCUCAAGAGGUCAUCAACUCCUGCGUUGCUAUGGGAGCCGACAGCCCGAUCAAGUUCAUUCACGACGUCGGUGCCGGUGGUCUAUCUAACGCCCUGCCCGAAUUGAUCCACGACUCGGGCCUCGGCGCUACCUUUGAACUUCGUGAGGUCGACAGCGCUGACAGAAGCAUGAGUCCCAUGCAGAUCUGGUGCUGCGAGGCCCAGGAGAGAUAUGUCUUGGCCGUCAGCGAGGAGGGAAUGAAUAAAUUCACCGCCAUUGCCAAUCGUGAGCGCUGCGGGUUCUCCGUUGUAGGCCGUGGAGCUGGAGGAUCUGAGGCGGAGAAGAGACUCAUCCUUCUCGACAGAGAGUCCACCGAGUACCCCAAGCCCAUUGACCUGCCUCUCUCGGUCCUCUUCGGCAAGCCCCCCAAGAUGACGAGGACCGUCGAUUCGCGCAAGCUCAAGUUGCCUGCGGUGGACGCCAGUCUGACCCAGUACCUCCCAUCCAUCUCCUCCCCCCAGGAUCUUUUCCGCGAGGCAGCCAACCGAGUGCUCUCCCUGCCUGCGGUUGGUUCCAAGUCUUUCCUCAUUACCAUUGGCGACAGGACUGUUGGUGGUCUGACGGCCCGUGAUCAAAUGGUUGGCAGAUGGCAAACCCCGGUUUCGGACGUCUCGGUCACUGCCACCUCUCUGCUGCAGGGGAUGAAGACCGGCGAAGCCAUGUCUAUGGGUGAGAAGCCGACCCUGGCACUCAUCUCCCCCGCUGCCUCCGCCCGUAUGGCUGUUGCCGAAUCUCUCAUGAACAUCGCCGCCGCCGAUCUCAUUGACCGUCUCACCCGCGUGAAGCUGUCUGCCAACUGGAUGUCGGCCAGUAGCCACCCCGGUGAGGGAGCUGCCAUCUACGAGGCAGUCGAGGCCAUUGGAUUGGAACUGUGCCCCAAGCUCGGCAUCAGCAUCCCCGUCGGCAAAGACUCCAUGUCGAUGAAGAUGAAGUGGACCGACGAAGCUUCCAAGGAGGCCAAGGAGGUCACCGCGCCCUUGUCCCUGGUCAUCUCCGCUUUUGCUCCCGUCGGCAAUGUGCGCAAGACCUGGACGCCUGCCCUCCGCCGCCUCGAAGAUGUCGGUGAAACAGUCCUCAUGUUUGUCGAUCUGUCCUUCGGUCGCAAGGCGCUGGGUGGCUCUGCCCUCGCGCAGGUCUUCAACCAGGUUGGAGACUCCUGCCCCGAUGUUCAUGAUGUCGAGAUCCUCAAAGACUUCUUCGACGCCACCCAGCAACUUCAGGACGCGGGUAUUGUCCUGGCCUACCACGAUCGGUCCGAUGGUGGCCUGUUCACCACCCUUGCUGAGAUGAUGUUCGCCGGACGUUGUGGUGUUGAGAUUAUGCUUGACAACAUCUGCCCGAGCGCCAGCACCAAGGAUGUCGUCGAGACACUCUUCAAUGAAGAGCUCGGAGCUGUGUUCCAGGUCCGCAAGGAACACGAGACUCAGUUCCGCUCAUGCUUUGCUACAUGCGGCCCGCCCCCCGGCCUCAUCUUCAAGAUUGGACGGGUCUCAGAAAGACAGAAGCAGAACCUCACCAUCUACCACAAGCACACGCUUGUCUACCGCAACGCGAGGGCCGAAAUCCAGCAGACCUGGUCCCGGACUUCGUAUCAUAUGCAAAAGAUGCGGGACACUGCUGCUUGCGCCGAUCAAGAGUUUGCCAACAUCCUGGAUGACGCCGAUCCGGGCCUGUCUUGGAACGCUACUUUCGACCCCAAGAACCGGGCCAUGCCUAUCCUCACCAGCCUUUCCCAGCUGUCUCCCUUCAGCAACAAGCCGCGCGUGGCCAUUCUUCGUGAACAAGGUGUCAACAGUCAGGCUGAGAUGGCGUUCGCCUUCAACACAGCCGGUUUCUCUGCCGUUGACGUCCACAUGACCGAUCUGAUCGCCGGCCGUGUCUCGCUCUCCAGCUUUGUGGGUAUUGCUGCCUGUGGCGGUUUUUCGUACGGUGACGUCCUCGGCGCCGGCCAGGGAUGGUCGAAAUCCGUCCUCCUGCACGACAACACCCGCCAGGAGUUCCAGGCCUUCUUCGAACGCGCCGACACCUUCGCCCUGGGCGUCUGCAACGGCUGCCAGUUCCUCUCCCGGCUCAAGGAUCUCAUCCCCGGCGCCAAGGAUUGGCCCAGCUUCGAACGCAACGCCAGCGAGCAGUACGAGGGCCGCGUCUGCAUGGUUCGCGUCUCCGACCCGGACCCGGCCAACCCCAGCGUCUUCCUGCACGGCAUGGACGGCUCUUCCUUCCCCAUCGCGGUCGCCCACGGUGAGGGCCGGGCCUCCUUCUCGCCCUCCGCGGGCGUCGACGCCCGCUCCUUCGCCAACAGCGGCCUCGCCCCGAUCCAGUUCGUCGACAACGCCACCCUCCAGCCUACAACCAAGUACCCCUUCAACCCCAACGGCAGUCCCGAGGGUAUCGCCGGUGUGCGCAGUGCCAACGGCCGUGUCCUGGCCAUCAUGCCCCACCCGGAGCGCACCAUCAUGAACGGCAUUGCCAGCUGGCUUCCUGAUGAGGCGGAGAACUGGGGGGAUAUCGGCCCCUGGGGACGUAUGUUCUUCAGCGCGAGAAGAUGGGUCGGCUAA